GCGCAAAUUUUCUACGCUUACUAUUUUUGUUUUAAAUUCGGUUCAUCUUCAUCUCCGAUCUUUUUGAUUGAAAAUUCCCUCCUUUUUUUCCGUAUACAAAAAAAAUGAAAUCCUCCGUAUAUACUCCCUCUGUUCUUUUUGCUUUACUGGCGAUCUUCUUCAAUGGCCUCACAGCUGCACAGGUCUGCUCUCAGACCGCCGGAAACUUCACGGCCAACGGCACCUACGCCGGAAACCGAGCUCGCCUCUUCUCCUCCUUCUCCUCCAACCUCUCCUCAACCUAUGGCUUCUUCAUGAACACCACAGUCGGCCAUGGCGCCGACAGGAUUUACGGAAUCGCCCUCUGCAGGGCCGAUUCGCCCCGCGAAACCUGCAACGAAUGCAUCAAUUCUGGAAUCAAAGAGCUCGCGGACAGUUGCCCCAACCAAAUCGAAGCAAUCAAUUGGGCUUGGGUGAGCCCCUUCUCGUGCUUCGUUAGGUAUUCGAACCGUUCCCUUUCCGGGAAAUCGGAGCUUUCUCCGAGUGAAGAGUUCCGAAAUUCCGGCGUAUUCACGUCUGAUGAGACGGAUCGGAUUAAACCGUUAUGGGAGAAUCACAUCUCGAGCUUGAUCGCCGCGGCCUCCAUGGGGACGAAGAUCAAGUACGCUUCUGGAGAGAGGAAUUUCAGUGAUUUGAUGAAGAUAUACGCCUUGGUUCAAUGCACUCCAGAUCUAUCUCGACGCGAUUGCGAGAGUUGUUUGACACAGACCGUGAUCGCGUUUCAGAGCUGUUGCGGUAAAAACCAUGGAGGAUCUUCUUAUACUCCCAGUUGUAUUUUCCGUUGGGAUUUGUACCCGUUUUAUAAUAAUCAUAGUUCCUUCACCGGAUCAUCUCCGCCUCCGGCGAAUCCUCCGGCGGCUCUACCUUUUCAUCCACCGGCCAAUGCGGAGACUAGUACCGGAAAUGGGAGGAGGAUAAGUUCUCGGACGGUUGCGAUUAUAUCGGCACCUAUCGCAGUUGCUUUCUCGGGGGUGCUCGCUGCUGUCGUCAUUUUCCGGCGGAUGACGAAAAGGUCGGGAUUUCAUGGCCGGUUGGCUGCGGAGGAAAGAGGCAACGGAGAGUGCAUGCAAUUCAAGCUCGCCACCGUCAGAAUCGCCACUAACAACUUCUCCCAUCUCAACAAGCUCGGGCAAGGUGGAUUUGGUUCCGUUUUCAAGGUAGAGUGGGGCAGGCGCCGCUCGUCCCUGUUGAGCCAUGUGACGAAGUGCAAAGGAUCCGAUUCCUUCCAAACGCUACCCGCCGAACUGAAAAUAUGCGCGAGCUUUGAUAAAACACCCGGGUGUACCUUUGGAAAGAUCCACCCGGUUUCUUAAUAGAUUCUCCCUCACUGAUCUGCUUUCGGGCUGAUGAUAUCAAGUGUUCGAAAUCCACCCAGGUGGUCUUGGCCUACUUGGUUGACUUCUUCCCAUUACUUUGGUUUCAUCCCCCUUAGAGGUACUUUAGUCAACCCAGUUGACAAAUGUAGCCUGUGGCCCAGUUCAUCUCCUGGGUGGGAAUACACCCGUCAGACUAAGAUAAAUAUUUACAAUAAUAUCAUAUAUCCAAAUUUACAAUAAUACUGUCUCUGUCCU